CGUGCCUCUGUGCAAAUUGUUCUACCUAUGUACAAGAAGGAAGUAUGUAAUAUGUAAUCCCAGAUAUAGUAAACCCCUACAUGACAAGCACGACUACACACCAACACUGGCUCCUCCACCUGCGACAUGAACACCGCCGACGAAGUUGCUGUCUACACCAAGGCGUUUCACGACUUUGACGCCAACCAUGAUGGUCACAUGACUCUGUCGGAAUUCUCCUGCGCGUGUGCUGCUCUGGGCUUCACAUAUGACGAUGAGACAAUACAGUCGCUGUUCACUGAAAUGGACGCCGACAAGAACGGAAAGGUGACAUUGGAAGAGUUCCUGGACUUCAUGGGUCCCGACAACCAGGAGAAAUUAGUAGCCAAUAUCAGACGGUUAUUCAAUGAAUAUGACACAAACAAAGAUGGCUUCCUAUCAGCAGACGAGAUCCAGAGCGCGUGGUUCUCGGGAGAACAUGGAACGAAGAAACUUUCCAAGGAGGAGGUUGCAGAACUUAUGGCACCGGUAGACGCCAAUUCAGACGGCAAACUGAACCGCGAAGAAUUUCUCCAACUGGUCAUGUCGGCAAUGGAAAAUAACGAGGGCGAUUAGGACACUGUCAAUAUUAUGUACACGGCAGAAUGGGCCCUUUGUUAUAUUAUGCACUUGGCUUCAUAUUUGUUUUACUCAUACUAGGAUGAAUAUUAGUAUCAUAAUAUUAUGUCCAUGAGAAGCGGUCACUGAAAACUAUGGUACACUUGAAUUUUAAACCGUCUUCAGGACAAUUAAUCAUCAAACCUGACUGUAUUAAAACGGAACUGUACAGUAUUCUUAUUCUUACUCCUUUACUUAUAUCCAGGGUCAACACAGGGGACCUACUUACACACUGUCACCAUGGAGACCGCGUUGUAUAACAUAUAUCCAUUAAAUAUCCUGAAUGGUCCAUAGAGGGAUCCCUUAAAGUGAACCGAAAUCCAGGCCACAUAAAACGACAUCGCGCAAGAGUAAAAAUCACAUGGAACAUCUGACCAAAUCUGAUGGGCAGUGAUUUCACAUGUCUUGCAGGCCAAGGGAAAGAUUAGAAACAUUUACGUUUCAAAGACCUUAUCAAGAAAUCUAAGUAAAAUAUAUCUUUUAGGCGUACGGAAUUAAUCAAAUACAACUCUUGAACAUUUUUAAACAACACGCGGUCAUGGUAUUAAGACUUCCUUAAUAAAGUCGACCAGGUUCAGGAGUGAUGUAAGUUAGCAAUAGCAUCGUAAACUUUCAGGAUUAGAAAUUCGAUCAUUAUGCAGAGCUACGGAUACCUUUUUUGGUCAUUGAGUUAUGUACACGCUUGUGUUCAUCUCAAUUGGGUAUCCAGUGUAACCAAACAGAUUGUACCCACCUCACCUCAUCCACAUAGGGUAUUUUGCUAUUAAUUGUAAAAACAUAAUAAAGUUUAAAUGUUG